AUGAGCAGCCGAAGCCCGCCGCCGAGGGACCGGAGGAUGCGUACUGAACGCACCUUGUACCGUGACGCGCCAUACCGGAGAGACAGGGACGGCCGCCGUGGUCCAAACAGGUCUGCUAGUGAUUUGUGCAACAACUGUAAGCGUCCAGGGCAUUUUGCUAGAGAUUGUCCAAAUGUGUCUGUCUGCCAUGCCUGUGGCCUUCCAGGGCACAUUGCAGCUGAGUGUUCUUCCAAAGAUCUCUGCUGGAACUGCAAAGAGCCUGGACACAUGGCUAAUGCCUGCCCGAACGAAGGGAUAUGCCGCAACUGUGGCAAAUCAGGCCACAUUGCAAAAGACUGCACUGCUCCGCCAAUGCUGCCUGGAGAAGUGAAGCUCUGCAACAACUGCUACAAACCAGGGCACAUUGCCGUGGAGUGCACCAACGAGAAGGCCUGCAACAACUGUAGGAAGAGUGGCCAUCUUGCCCGUAACUGCACCAAUGAGCCUGUUUGCAACCUCUGCCAUGUUGCAGGGCAUUUGGCCCGUCAAUGCCCCAAAUCUGACGAGAUCAACGAGAGGGGUGGGCCUCCUCCCUUCCGUGGCGGCGAUGCUCUGUUCCGUGGCGGUGAUGCUCUGUUCCGCGGUGGUGAUGCUCCCUUCCGUGGUGGCGAUGCUCCCUUCCGCGGUGGCGGUGGUGCUCUCUUCCGUGGUGGCUACAGUGACGUGGUCUGCCGGGCCUGCAACCAGGUUGGCCAUAUGAGCCGUGACUGCAUGGGUGGCGCCUUCAUGAUCUGCAACAACUGCGGUGGCCGUGGUCACAUGGCUUACGAAUGUCCAUCUGGGAGGCUCCUGGACCGGUUCCCUCCACGCCGAUACUGA